UAGUAAAGUUUCAUGUAAUUUUAUCCAUUUUAAAAUUCAUGCUCUACUUAGUUUUCGUUUAGGUAAAUUUGUAAUUGGCUAAUAUGGAAGAAACUAUUUCUUUUCUACGUGUUAUGUCAUUGCAUUUUUAAUUUAAAUUUAAAUUUUGUGCUUUUUUUAUCUUUGUUCUUAUCUCAUUAUAACUUACUUCGAAAGUCCCUCCAUCGUGCAAUAAUUUGGCCCUUUCACUUUCGAGUACAAGGGCGCAUUUGAGAAUUAAUCUUCUGGUUUCUCUUGGCAGGAUAGUUUUAUUUUGGGGAUUUAAACUGCGUAAAUAGAAAAUUUCAAAUCCGAUAUCAAUCCAUGACGAAUAGAAUGAAGUUCAAUCAAGUAGUUAUGAAUUUGAACUUGGAUUAGAAGAGUUGGAAUUGAGUUUGAGAAUGAAAGUGGUGGAGGGAAGAAAUUGUGUUUGGAUUUGGUAGCUGGUAAAGUUCCACUGCAGCAGGUGAAGGCAGAGAAGAGGGAGUUGGAGAGGGUAGUGAAUGAAUUGAGGAGAGUGUUGAAAGACAUGAAAGCGAAACUGGAGCAGUUAACGAGAGAAGUGAGAGAUGAUGAGGAUAUUAAUGAAAAUGGAGAGGUUAUUGAAGGGCAAGGAAGUGGACUGAAGUGGGUGAAGGCAGACAAGGGGGAGAUGAACAUAUUGAUGGAACAGGAGAUGAGUGUUGGUUUUAGCGAACUUAUUACAACUGCCCCGAGGAAGAUGAGUUAGCAAACACAAGAAGAAGAUUGAGGAGUUGAAGAGCGAGUUGACAAGAACCCCAAUUGGAAGAGAAAUUGAGGGUCACGGAGAGAAGGUCCAUCAAAGUAGCAGAAAUGGAAUUGUUUGGUUGGAACAUAUGCCUCUUGAUAUUAAAGAUAGAGUGGAUAAAAAUUUGGUCGUUCAACGGAGAGUGGUGGCUAUUGGCUCUUUAGGUUUAUGGUUUUUGCAGCUACCACAUCCUAUUUCUAUCUUAAAACGAGAAAUAAUUGAUUGAUUUACAGAAUUGGGUCGAUUCUUUAUUCAACCUACUGAAACUGAUAGAAAAUGAGUGUCUACUUUUGUGUCUUAUAACUUUGAUCAAGUCUAUUAGUAUAUUGGAGGUAACCCUAAUUUUGUCGUUUGCUCUCAAGUUUUUAUGGUUCCCUCUUAGUUAAGUUUGUAGUAUAGUUGACUUGAACCAAUAAUUCUCCAUUUCUUUUUUAUUAGUGGCAUGUUGUUCCUAAAAGGAGAGCAUUGCAGCCUUUAUGUAGGAUUGUGAGGUUUUAGAUUCAGUUUAAAACUAUAUAUGGGUCGUGUGGUAAUUCCAUUGAGCUUUUAUAUUCUAUUUUUAUCAACUAAUAAUAUUAUCAUUAUGAAAAUGAAAUCAAUUAUAAAUUUUUUUAUUUUAUAUUCUUAAAUGAUGUUGGUAUUUCUUCGAGUGUUCGACCUAUAUAUAAUUAAACCAUUUAAACGGGUUGAUAGACUUAAACUUAACAUAAAAUUAUAAAUAAUCAAAUAUGAACGUUCCGGCCAACGAGCCGGGUUAUAAGCUAGUCAAUCAAAAUAGACUUGCUUUUGGUGUACAAAUCAACAGUAUAAUUUAUAGCUGAAAAGUAAAACUGCAAGCCUCAUUCAAAGUUUCCUGUCCAUAGAGUGAUUUUAGAAAGCUGAUGUGGCAGAGUGUUAAGCGGGGAAAAAAGAGUCCCGCCUGAUUUCAGAACCAAAAAACUCUCCACUACCCACUUUUUUCUCCUUCCAGGCACACGUUCUCAUUUAAUUUGUAUUAAUUUGUAUUUUUUAUUUCCGAUUUCCCUUCCUUCCACUCUUUCACCUCAUUCGAAUAAGUUUCUUGGCCUUCAGAAAACCAAACCUUGACUCAAUCAUCUGGUUCUUUUAUGUGCUUGCAUCUACCUUUGAUUUCCGUUCUCUAAGCGUUAGAUCGGUAUUGGUUUUGCCGUAAGUUAUUCUUCUUCUUUCAGAUUUCUGUUUGUUGUUGUCGCUGCUUUUAAGUUUUAGGGAUUCGGGUUCUGGGUUUUUUUUUUCCAGGGAUUCGGUUGCAAAGAUUCAUCUCCCUUACCUUUGGUUCAUUCCGUUUUCUUUAUUCUCUUACCUUCCUCGCUUCAUUCUGUUGAUUGGAUUCUCUAGAGAUCAAAAGGGGAUUUUUGUUUUUUCCCUUUCUCUUGAAAGUAACAAAGUUGCUUACUUUAAAUUCCACUUCGCUUAGACUGUCUUCCAGAGAGCAGCCGACUGCCGAUUUUGAGCUGAGUUUUUCCGGGCCGCAGAGAAAGAAGAGGAAAGAAAGAGACGUUCGGCGGCGGCAGCCAGGUACUUCGUCCGGGUCGUUUUCCGGGUCAGUAAACCGAAGGGCCGACUAUAAACUACCGCUGGCCUGGCGGGGGAAAAGGAAAGCGUAAACCAUAAGGCCUCGGGGAUCCAUUUCUCUCGCCAGCCCAUACUUCAGAGGCCCAGCCUACUUGAGUCCAGAACCAGCCCAUCGACGACGAAAUUUGGCGCGCCGUCCCCCACCCGCCACCACGUAUGAGACAUAUUCAACUGUGGCGGCGUUGAUCUGGAUAAUCGAUGGGUUGUACCCUACAAUCGAUAUUUGUUACUACGAUUUGGAGCGCAUAUCAAUAUUGAAUAUUGUAACAAGACAAGGUAUGGCUGAAGUAAAUCGUAUUUAUCUAUAUGACGUUGUUGUUUCCUUUAUUAUAUUACCAAACUCAGAUUCUUAAUGACAGGCUAUAUGUAUAUUUAUAUGCUACACUCAUUAUUAACUUUAUGCAUGCAUAUGAAUUAUGAUUUAAUUUCCAAAGAUGAAUAAAAACCAAACCAAUAUUUGUGUGAUUUCUCUUUUUUUUUAGUUAUUUUAUAAACCGAGUGUUAUCUUAUUGGUGUGACUUCUUGCCGCAACUCUGUAAUUUUUGUAAUAUUUUUUGGUGUGUUUUCCUUCAUUUUUUUUUUGCCCAUUGGAUAAGCUAUUGUGAUCCAUUUGUUGCCUUUUGUUCUCUGUACUUUGAUUUCUUAUUUAAUACAAGUCACAUUUAAGAAAAAAUGUAAUACAACUUUUUCCUACUUCCCUAUCUAACAUCUACAACUUGGUUUUAUUUGAUGUUUCUAUAGGGCUGUGAAAUAUUUGUUUAAGUACAUCAACAAACCCGAGGAUCGUGCAAUGGUCACUGUAGCUGCACAACAAACAGCUUCGGCUAUGGAUGGUCGGAAUCGUGGAACUACGGUUGUGCAAAUCGAUGAGAUAAAGGCAUUCAUGGAUG